UAUUGAAUUUAUUCAUCAUUGUAUUGGAUAUUUCAAAAGAAGAUGCUGAACAAAGGAUUACCGGCGGCUUGCCUCACGCUCUUUCUUUGCCUGCUUGUCAUAGUCCACAAUGUGAAGGCAGACGUGAGCUAUUCUGUGCUGGAGGAGAUGAAACGAGGAUAUGUUAUCGGAAACAUUGGAAAAGAUCUUGGACUGAAUGUGAAUGAAUUAUUUGCUAGGAAGGCUCGAAUUGACGCUGAAGGUAAUCGCAAACGUUUCUGCAAUAUCAAUGUGGGUACUGGAGAUUUGACCGUCGCCGAAAUGAUGGACAGAGAGAACCUCUGCAGGGAAAAACUCUCAUGUGUUUUGAAAUUCGAGCUGGUGCUAGAAAAUCCUUUGGAGCUUCAUAAAAUUACGCUGCAUAUUCAGGAUAUCAACGACAACUUACCGGUCUUUCCCAAAGACAUUAUUAAAUUAGAGAUCAGGGAAUCUGCAGAUAAGGGUGCUCGUUUUCGCAUGAUUGAGGCACACGAUGCCGAUAUAGGACAAAACGCAGUGCAGAAUUAUAUGUUAGAAAGGAAUGAUUAUUUCAUAUUGGCUGUUUCUCCAAACAAUGAUGGGGGGAAGAAUCUUGAAUUAGUUUUGGAUAAAGAGCUAGACCGUGAGAGACAGCAGGAGCUAACUUUAAUUCUCACUGCCAGUGAUGGUGGCAUUCCACCGAGAUCAGGCAGUGUGCAGAUACACGUCACUGUACUGGAUGCGAAUGACAAUGCUCCAGUGUUUACCGAGGAGGUUUAUCGAGCUACUCUGCCUGAGAACUCACCAAUAGGUACAUUAGUGAUAAAAGUUAGUGCAACUGAUUUAGAUGAAGGAAUAAAUGGAGAAGUGACGUAUGAGUUCAGUCGAGCAUCUUCUUUGGCGAAAACUGCGUUUACACUGGAUUCUAAUACUGGUGAUAUUACAGUUAGUGGACCAAUAGAUUUUGAAGAAGAAUCUAUUUAUGAGAUGCGUGUUGAAGGGAAAGAUGGAUUUGGCCUGUCCACGGGCACAAAAGUAAUUAUUGAGCUUACAGAUGUGAAUGAUAACACACCAGAAAUAUUUCUGAAAUCCCUGAAUAGCCAUAUUCCGGAGAACGCACCGCCCGGCACAGAAAUUGGCAUCAUUAAUGUGCAAGAUAGAGAUUCCGAGAGUAACGGAGAGGUCCACUGCGUCAUUGGGUCAAAUAUGCCAUUUAAACUUGUCCCAUCUAUUAAAAAUAUUAUUCCCUUGUGACCACCGGUGAACUAGACCGUGAAGUGAUAUUUGAUUAUAACAUCACCAUCACUGCUACUGAUGAAGGUACUCCGUCUCUGUCAUCCUCGAAAACAGUCCACUUAACGGUGGCUGAUGUUAACGACAA